GUUAUUGUGUGUGUUUGUUUUCCUGGACUGGUGCCUGGGGUUCCUACUGCUGCAUUAAUCUCUCUCUCUCUCUCUCCAUCCUGCAACGAAAACAUCCCCAAUUGUACCUGUGCAACGGCAGACAAAUCAUAGAUGGACCAGUCUGCACCGUCUUGCUUGCUUGCCACCUUGACACGUCCUCACUCUGAACAGCUACUACAGGGCCUUCAGCUACUCCGGGAACAUCGAGAACUAUGUGACAUUGUUCUUCGAGUAGGUGAUGCCAAAAUACAUGCCCAUAAGGUGGUCCUUGCCAGCAUAAGCCCAUACUUCAAAGCCAUGUUCACUGGCAGCCUGUCGGAGAAAGAGAACUCCGAGGUGGAGUUUCAGUGUAUUGAUGAAUCUGCUUUGCAAGCUAUUGUGGAGUAUGCUUACACAGGAACUGUCUUCAUUUCUCAGGAGACUGUGGAAUCUUUGCUGCCAGCUGCCAACCUUCUCCAGGUCAAGUUGGUCCUGAAAGAGUGCUGCGCCUUCCUGGAGAGUCAGCUGGAUGCAGGAAAUUGUAUUGGGAUCUCUCGCUUUGCAGAGACUUAUGGCUGCAAUGACCUCUAUUUGGCUGCCACUAAAUUCAUUUGCCAGAACUUUGAGGAUGUCUGCCAGACUGAAGAGUUUUUUGAGCUAACGAGGUCCGAGUUGGAUGACAUAAUUUCCAAUGACUGCCUCAAUGUUGUUACUGAGGAAACAGUCUUCUAUGCACUGGAGUCCUGGAUUAAAUAUGAUGUUCAGGAGAGACAGAAGUAUCUAGCCCAGUUAUUGCACUGUGUUCGUUUGCCCCUUCUCAGCGUGAAAUUCCUGACGCGGCUAUAUGAAGCCAACCACCUCAUUCGGGACGAUCAUGCAUGCAAGCAUUUACUAAAUGAAGCCCUUAAGUAUCACUUCAUGCCAGAGCAUCGACUGUCUUAUCAGACUGUUCUGUCCACCAGACCACGCUGUGCCCCAAAAGUACUCUGUGCUGUCGGUGGUAAAGCUGGGCUGUUUGCUACACUUGAAAGUAUGGAAAUGUACUUCCCCCAAACUGACUCCUGGAUAGGAGUGGCUCCCCUAAGUGUCCCUCGCUAUGAAUUUGGAAUUGCUGUACUGGAUCAGAAAGUAUAUGUUGUGGGAGGAAUUGCUACACACAUGAGACAAGGUGUUAACUAUCGACGACAUGAGAACAGUGUGGAGAGUUGGAAUCCAGACACCAACACAUGGAUACCGGUGGAAAGAAUGACUGAGAGUCGUAGCACUCUGGGAGUAGUAGUACUAGCUGGAGAACUAUAUGCCCUAGGAGGGUAUGAUGGCCAAUAUUACUUACAGUCUGUGGAGAAGUACAUUCCUAAGGUGAAAGAGUGGCAGCCAGUUGCUCCCAUGAUUAAUUCACGCAGCUGUUUUGCUACAGCUGUACUGGAUGGAAUGAUGUAUGCAAUUGGUGGUUAUGGACCUGCACACAUGAACAGUGUGGAGCGGUAUGACCCCAGCAGAGAUUCAUGGGAAAUGGUGGCACCAAUGGCAGAUAAAAGGAUAAACUUUGGUGUUGGUGUAAUGCUUGGAUUUAUAUUUGUUGUUGGUGGUCACAACGGCGUUUCACAUUUAUCUAGUAUUGAAAGGUAUGAUCCCCAUCAGAAUCAGUGGACUGUGUGCAGACCAAUGAAUGAUCCUAGAACUGGUGUUGGUGCUGCUGUCAUUGAUAACUACCUCUAUGUGGUUGGAGGUCAUUCUGGAUCGUCAUACUUAAAUAUAGUCCAACGAUAUGAUCCAAUUACGGACAGCUGGCUGGAUGCUAGCGGUAUGAAGUACUGCCGUUGUAACUUUGGAUUAACUGCACUUUGACUAUAAACACACAGACAUGAGGCAGAUGGGGUUCUGGGCAUUGGGGAUAUGAAAGAUUAUUUGUCUUGAAUAAUACAAGAAAAGGGAAGAUCGAGGAUGAGAACUCAAGAACAUGCCAUAUUAAAAGUGCCCAACAUUGCUGAGACCGACUAACUUCAUUGUGAACUGAGGUCUGAUCAAAAGAAAUGAUGAGGAGAAAAUUGGCUGCUGCUCUUGGAUUCAAGCGUGUUUGCCUGCUGACUGUGAAAGAACCAAGCAGAGUUAAGAGUGUAAUUUAAAAUCUUUCUUUUUUUUUCUUUAUUUUUUUGUCUUUAUUUCAUUUACUUGAAGAAUUGUUCUUCAUUAGCUUUUCAUGAUAGGGAGCUUUCCAAUCAAUGGAAUUCAAAGACUUUCAAAGUUUUUCUAUUUAUUCUUAGCAGACUUUUUUUUUUUUUUGCUUUGUAACUUUGUUAUACCCUUAAAUGCUGUUACCUCAGUGGUUCUUGUUUUUACCUUUUUAUUUAUUCUUUAAUUUUUACUCCAAAGGGAGAGUGGAGGUGUUGUAUGGAUUUGGAUGAAAUAAGAAAGUAUUGUCUUUCACUCCUGCGAGUAUGUGAGUUUUUGGAGAAACAAAGGGGGCAAACUGCUUUUCUUUAUUUUUAAGAAACCUGGCUUCACAGUUGGAGCAGAAAAAAAACUUUUUAUAAAAUGUGCUAACUUACAAAGGGCUCUCUUUCUUCUUGUAAAUAAUCAAAAACAACAUAUAGUGCAUUGCCUGUAGAAAUUGUAUGUUUUCGGUUUUAUGGUUGGCAUCUGGGAGAAAGUAAUUCACUUUAGAAUGCAUUGCCCAUCUGUGUUCUGGUUGGCUUUUCUCUUUUUUGUUAGACACAAAAUAUGUAUGACAGGUUUAGUGAGGGUCUAAUCAGGUUGUGGUUAAUCUUAAUGCUAAUGAAAAUGUACAGUUCAGCUGUAAUAUAUAUGUGGCCACUAUAACACAAAUUCCAUAAUAUUUUACAGGAUUUAAUUGUGAAGAUCAGAUUCUUAGCUUAUAGUUACUGUAGAGGGGACUUAUAGGUACAUUGAUGCCAUUUUGGUGCUAUCAUAGUAUUCAGGAUAAUGCUGUUACUGAUGUCUUUGCAGUAGAGCAGUGUGUCUGUGUGCAUGAAUUGUUUUAGUGUUACUGUCUUUUAAAAAAUCAGUGAUGCUUGUGAAUAUAAUUUAACUAUUCUGUGCUUUUUGUUAGUAGGAAAGUUUAAGUUAAACAGUUGAUUUGAGUGAAAUUGUUUUUUUAAGGAAGCAGACUGGCGCCAUGCAAUAAAGCACAGUGCCUUAAAGGGGUCUGUUCAUUUCUGCACUCCUGUGCCUCCCUAGGAUUGACUCUAAUUAGGUUCUGGGUAGGAUAUUAUAAUCUACAUUGUUAUGUCUUCUUUUUUUGAUACAAGUCAUAAUCCUAGGAGUGCAUGUCCACCACGUCUUUCUACACAUUAUCCAGUCAUGCACUAAAAAACAGUUUGUUCUUUCCUAAAACAUUUACUAGAUUUCGUAUUAGAAGGCUUUGUGUUAGUUGAAUCUAAGACGAUUCUGUUAUUUGAUAACAUAUGAAACAUGGAUUUAUUUUUCAUUCACAAGUAUUUUCAUGUUAACUAAAUAGUAGGUUAAUGAGUACAAAAAACAGUUUUAGUAAGUUUUCCCAGUCUUUUCAUAUUGACAGAAAUACACUUAACCCAUGUCCCUAAAUGGACAUAUCAAUAGACCUUUCUCAACUUAAUUUCCACCCCCUCUCUUUGGAAUUACAAAGUGCUUUAAAAUUGCUGUGCCAGAAAUUCCCUUACUAUAAUUACCCACUUACCUAAAUGCAGUAAGAGCAAUGAUUUACUUUAUAAAUGUGCAAAAUUCCCCACUGACUUCAUUUAGUUUGUAAAUGUGAAAAGCUGUCCUUUGGCUGGUAUCAUAGGUUGAAAGUCCCUAAUCAGAAAUUCCAAAAUCCUAAAUGCUUAAAAAUCCAAACUUUCUGACCACCAACAUGAUACCACCCAUUUUACCUCUAAUUUAUUUAUUUACUAACGACUGGGAGCCCUAUGGAAUCUGGCUACAAAUUCUACGUUUGUGAAAUCCAUACUUUCUCUGCAAAGAAUUAUUUGGUUUUUUAAGUCCUUGAAAUGAUUUUAUCAUCAUGGCACUGAUUUGUGCCUAAAGUAGACCGUUUUGACCGAUGUAAUAAAGAGCUUCCUGUUUAAAUGGGGUUGCGAGACGUGAACUCGGCUCAUUGGCGCACCUCAUUUAAUUUUUUCCGGCAAACAAAUUUUCAAAACAAACCGUAUUUUACGACUCUAAUCAGAAUCAGAGUA